AAACACGCAAAACAAAAGAAAGCGUGUUUUUCAUAAAUAACUUUUUUUCGAGAGGCGCAACCCAUCACGUUCUACCACGAUAUUUCCCCCCUGGUUUUGGCCGGAAAUUUCUCCGUCGCUAACAAAGGCACCACCAAUUCAGCGGCGGAGAGGAAAUUUCACUCAAAAAACAAACGUUUUCACCCCGGCAUUUUUAGUGUAAGGCUUGUUUCGUGAAAUCAAUCAUUUUUUUUGUCGGUUCCUCUAAGAUUCGGACUCAAUUUUCCGAGAAGAAUCCUGAGUGCUUUGAUCGCUCUGAUUGUUUUCCUAUGGCGACAAACCCGAACCCGAAUCCGAAUCCGAACAGCAAUGUGGGCUCAUUGUUGCUUCCGGAGAUCGGGCCUGACGGCCUGGCCCGGGAAUCUCCUGCCAUCGCGUACACCGAGAAGAUAAUUGAGGAAGAGCAGCUUCAGUUGAGGAAGUACAUCGCAGAAAAUUAUUCCAAGAUUCGAGAUGUCGAACGAGAAUUAACAAAUCUCGAUAUGGAAAUGAAGCUUACUGCUGGUCCAAAAAAAGCUGCACUUGAACACAUGCGGAAGAAAAUAGAACUGUCAACAGAGAAAAUUCAUGCUGCUAAGCUGAAAGAAGAACAAGCUAAGAAGGCCUGGGAAGCAGCAGCAAAAGCUGUGCAGGAUGAGGAAGCUAUUAAACAGAAGCUUUGUGAGGAUUUGAAUAGCCUGGUCCAUGAAAGCAGCAAUACCCAGCUUUCUAGACUGGAGGAAUUGAAACGCCGUUUGGAAGCUUUGAACCCGGGCAGAUCGUCUGCGAGUGUUCCCUCUGAUGUGAAUCAAAGACAGCAACCAGCUACUAUACCUCAAGAUUCAUCGUCUUCUUCAGUCACAAGUACAUCCGAACCAGCACAAGUAGCAAAGGGAACUGUAUCUAGUGAAGGUAACUCUGCCAUAAAUGGACAGAAUCAAUCGAAUUCUACCGAUGGGAAGAAGAAAGGUUCAAUUCAAGGAAGAGUACGCGGUAUUGGAGCAGUGCCUAAGGGUAGAGGCCCCGCGCCACCUGGCUGGACUGGUGCUGGCUUUGAUGUCGAUGGUAGAGGUUAAGAUCACCGUUUUUAUUUUCAUUAUUAUUAUCUUCCUCUUGUUCAAUUUUGUUCAUUAUUUUGUUGGAUAAAAUCGUAAUUUCUCAUCUCUGAUCAUCCGGGCUUAACUAAGUCCGUUAAAUUCACCAUAAACUUAUAUGUAACAGAACAAAUGAAACUUAUAGACCGUGGGGUAUUAGAUGCAUCUAGCGGUUUAUUGCUGUGUAUUUCGACGUGUUUUUUUUUUCUUUUUUCGAGAAGUGGCUGUAUAAUUAAAGCAAAAGAUCAGGUGAAUGAAUAGGUGAUGGGUGAAAAUCCCACCAAGUCUUUUGAAAA